AUGUAUCAACAUCCAACUAAACGUUUAGCAACAACCAUUUUUUUCACAUGUAGAUAUCCAUGGGAUAAUGUAACCUUGGCAUUUUGGUUGCGAUAUCCAAAUCCAUUUGCUUCUCACGUUGAAAGUGUGGAUGUAAUUGAUAGAUAUGUUGAUCCAAGUAAUGGCGCAUUAAGAACCACAAGGUUGAUUUUGAAACGUGGCAUUGUACCAAAAUGGGGAAUGGGGUUUUUUAAAAGCUCUGAAGCUUAUAUUAUUGAACGAUCCAUGGUUGAUCCAAAAACACAAACAAUGACGACAUCAACAACAAAUAUAACACACGAUAGAGUUAUGAAAGUGGAAGAACGUCAAACUUUUCGGGUUGAUCCAAAUAAUCCUGAACACACUCAAGUCACAAUUGAAGCUAGAGUUGUUAGUAAUUUUGGUUGGGGAUUGACUGAACGACUUGAAGGUUUUGGAAUUAAGAAAUUUUCAGAUAACACUACAAAGAGUCGAAAGGGCAUGUCACAUGUGUUGGAAAUGAUCAGAGAGAAAAAACAUGGUAGAUUUUUAUCAUCAUCGUAA